UGGUGCGCGCUGAUGACGACAGCAGGCGUGUGUUAAAAACCGUACGCAUGUAUUGUUUGAUGUUGUUGCUGUCCAGAAAGGCUCUUUCAGUUCAUCUGCUGUGAAAAUAUGGUGGAUAUUUUAAGGAAUAUACUCAUACUCGUGUUUGUGCACGCUGUUGCAUCUCAAAGAUAUCCAGGUAAGUGUGGCCUGCCAACAAAAUAUCCUGACAGGCGACUGGACGACAAAUAUCUUCACACAUCAGAGUUCAGGUAUGGGGAUAAAGUGGCGUAUAAUUGUGCUCCGGGUUACGUGCGGAUGGAAGGCAGUCGAAUAUCCCACUGUAAAAUGGGACACUGGACACCUUUAAACAUGAAAUGUGACAGAAAAAGCUGCGGCCCUCUGAGUGAUUUUGAGAACGGCAAAUACCUUUAUACUGGAGUGUUAUUUGGAGAUAAAGCCACUGCUGUGUGUAAUGAAGGGUAUGUUUUGAGAGGAGAAGGUGUUCGCUCGUGCACGGAGGAUGGAUGGAAUGGAGCAGAGCCCAUCUGUGACAGGGGAGGAGCCACUCGAUAUGUCCCGCCCGAACUUCCUGUUUCAGUUGCAUCAGCACAUCAAAUGCCCUGCGGUGCAUGUAACCCAUCUGCACUACCAGCCGAUGUAAUUAUCCAAGAUCCGAAGCCCUGUUUUGAGGAUGGAGAUCAAGCAUCCGUCAUGUGCAACACCGGAUAUAGUGGACACGGAAGUUACAUAUGUAAAGGAGGAAAAUGGUUCCGUAAUGUAAAGUGUCACUUGGUGAAAUGCCCAGACUUUAACAUUGAUAAUGGUAUCCGAUCAUCUAAGAGAGUCAGGUUUAACACCAGUGUUACUGUCACUUGCGCUAAAGGAUUCAAACUGCAUGGAGCUCAACAUCUCAAAUGUUUGGCAAACGGCUCCUGGACGGCGGAGAUUCCCACAUGUGAGCCAGAGAAGAGCUGUUCAGCACCUGCGGUGCAUAACAGAGAUAUAAAACAUGGAGAGAAGUCUCAGUAUAAACCCCAGGACACCGUGACCAUCAGCUGUAAAGAGGGCUUUGAUCUGAUUGGCUCAUCACAGAUCACAUGUGGACCAAAUGGCCAAUGGCUGAACUUGCCUAAGUGUAACCCUAAAGUCAUUUUAGGUACAUGUGGUCCAGCUCCUGUGUAUCCUCACGCCCACCCCAGAGACAUGCAGAAGACCGAGUACAGAUCUGGCGAUCGGGUUCAUUACAAGUGCAAUGUAGGACACCGUCGAUCUGCUGGUCGAGAUAUUAUACACUGUACAAAUGGACAAUGGACAAAACUGCAGCUGCAUUGUGAACGGAAGAGAUGCGGUUCUGCAGGAGAGAUUUUCAAUGGUCGUUUUGAAUACAGCGGCGUGUCAUUUGGAGAUUAUGCUGCAGUCAUCUGUGAUGAAGGGUAUGAGCUGAUUGGUCCAGCUAAGCGGUACUGCAGGGAUGGAGGCUGGGAUGGACGAAACCCGGAGUGUGAACCUGUGCAUUGCCCUCCUCCUCCAGUGGUCAAGAACGCUUACAUGUCAGAUCCCGAGUAUGAUCACGUUCCUUUUGGUCGCGUGGUGACCUAUCGCUGCCGUACCGGGACUCUGAUUGGUGCAAAGGACAUUUACUGCACUAAAAAUGGAGACUGGAGCGCUCCUCCUCCUGAAUGUAGAGAUGUUACUUGUCCUGAGCCCAGAGUAGAUCAUGGAUCCAGAAUUGCGGGCUACAGACCCGUCUAUAGAUUUGGGAACACCGCAAGAAUCACCUGUAAUCCUGGAUAUAAACUCGCAGACGGAAAUUCUAUCAAUUGUGGAGAAGACGGAAAAUGGAAACCAGACCUUUCCAACAUGUGUGUUAUUUAAAAUACAAAAAAUGCGUCUACAAUAAAACUUAGAAGGUAUAAUACUAUAUAAAAUACAGUUACAUUACAUUAACAAUUAGACUCAUUUUACUUCAAAUGUUUUGCAACUAUCAGUCUUGGUAAAUAUUCUGUUAUCUUAAAACUUUAGUGAAACUGAAACACAAUAUAUAUAUUUUACAGAAAAAUUGAAUAGUAGGUAACACGCAGCAUUAUGGAUCAAGUCUUACUUCGUUACCUGUUUUUCCUCAUUUAUCUAUUUUUUUAUUUUGCAUUAAUUAAAGCACAUAAACAAUUAUUAUAUGGAAGUUAAAUUAUUUUUUUUUAUAGAAGCCAUUUCAAUAAUUUAUUAAAUUAAUGAAAAAUAAUGUUAAGUCAAGCCAUAUUAUAGAGCUGUGAACUUAAAUUUGAUCAAAACUAUGUUGGAUAGAGUUGGAAAUUGUUAUUUGUGUGUUACUAUUUUUUUCAGGAUAGAUCACAACAACAUAGAUUAUCACGUAAACUAGCAUUAAAAACAUCAAACAAUGAACAGAUGAAACUUUUCUGUUCUCAGUAAAAAGUCAGUAGUAACUUUCAAACCAACCAUUGAAACUUAUAUUCAAUUUCUAGACGGUUAAACAUGAAGGACUAACUUGAAGAUUUGUAAUAAAUAAUUUACUGGGCAUUUAUUCUGGGCACAGACUUCAACAGACACAAAAUCUAAUACGACUAUAACAAUAAAUGAGUAACUUCUACAGCAAUAAUUCUGCAUUCUUCUAAUAGUAAGAAAUACGGUUACAAUAUGGUUAUUUUUUGCUUUGUUUUCUCAUAUUCAGAUUUAUUCUGUAUAAAUUAAGAAAACAAGAUAGGCCGUUUUAAGAACACCAAUUUCUUUCAUUUAAAAAGACAAUACAAAAUCCAGACAUUUUUACAUGAGCAUAAACAAAUAACAAGUGCAAAUACCAUUUCCCAUUCCAUGAAACGUGGCAAAAAAAUCUAAAAGAAAAACUGGGAAAAGAACACAACAAAACGAAAAAGAAAUGUGAAUCGCUAUGGUACAUUUGAAAUGGGAUUGGUAGAGCAAAGACGAGGGGAAAUUAUAAAAAUAAAGCCGCAGUCACAGACUGCCAAUGACAUUGACUAAGUUACACUCUGCAUUACUUUAGUGAACAUUCAAAAGAAGCAAACGUCGACUAUUUUGCCACAAACCUUUUAUUUCAUGACAGUCGUGGCUAUUUUACACAUUUAACAAAGGAUUUCAAUCCUGUAGUGCUGCAUUAUGUUAACAUGUUUAAUGAUGGAGAUGAUAAACAACUUGAGUUUUGCAUUGGGUUACACUGACCGUCCUGUACAACCUGUUCAUGGGUUAACUUCGAGUUUCUUUCUACACUAUCAUCAUAUUUAUACAGGUAAACAUUUAUAUAAGUGACUCUUGUAAUAGAUGUCAAAUGUACAACAUACAUAAAACUGUUUUAUUAAAACUUUCAUUUGAUAUAUGA